CUAAUUAUACCAGCACAUAUCUUCUGGACACCUGCACCAACCUCUUGGGGUUCAGUCAUCUGUGGACAUAGUGCUGUGACGAAGCCCUGUGUCCGUUGCCACCAUGUCGCAGCCUACAGACCAGCAGCAAGAUGCGAGGUCCUUCCUCAGUGAAGAGAUGAUCGCCGAGUUCAAGGCGGCCUUCGACAUGUUUGACACUGAUGGCGGUGGUGACAUCAGCACCAAGGAGUUGGGUACUGUCAUGAGAAUGCUGGGACAGACACCAACCAAAGAAGAGUUGGAUGCCAUCAUUGAGGAAGUAGAUGAAGAUGGCAGCGGAACCAUCGACUUUGAAGAGUUCUUGGUCAUGAUGGUGCGCCAGAUGAAAGAGGAUGCUCAGGGAAAAAGCGAGGAGGAGUUGGCUGAAUGCUUCCGCAUCUUUGACAAAAAUGCUGAUGGGUACAUUGACGGUGAGGAGUUGGCCGAGAUCCUGCGUUCCUCAGGAGAGAGUAUCACAGAUGAAGAGAUUGAGGAGCUCAUGAAGGACGGAGAUAAAAACAAUGAUGGCAAAAUAGACUUUGAUGAGUUCCUGAAGAUGAUGGAAGGUGUACAAUAAGCUGUGGGACAUUCCUCUGGAGCGUUGUGACGCCAACUUGUAAAUUACACUGCGUCUUAUACCACCCGCACGAUGGAGCAAGUUGUCCUGUUCUGUCCUUCAUAUCCCAUUUUGCUUCCGUUGUCCAUUUCACUGUCAUUGGGAGAGUCUUUUUCUCCUCUCCAUGUUCACGCCAAGACUCUCUGUUCUCUUCAUCUUUCUGUUUUUUUCCUCUUCUCAAAUGUUAUUUAUAAAACUGAAAUUACCAUUAAAAGUCUUAGUGAACCAUU